GCCCUGCUCUGGAUCAAGUAUAUAAAGGACAUCACUUUCGUGUUGCAUAUUUCAUCGUUCACAUCUUAAUACUCCUCUCAAUCAUAAAAAUGGUUUUCAACAUUUUCUCUAUCAAACACAAGAACUCUACUCCUGCAAAUAGUGCUCCCGUUAGCUCUGCCUCAUCAAUCGCUUCCAAUGAAGAUCUUGUCACACCAGUGAAGAAAUCAACUAUCCCAAAAUCUCUAUCAAAGUUCUUGGCUGACCCUAUGCGAAGUACUAAUCACCCUGACGUUGUUGUAAUAAGAAUGGCUCAGGCAAUCACUACGACAUCCUCAGAAGCUAAAGACUUACUUCGCAUGGAGCGAGUCGGUACCCACUCUCACAUUCGAGGUCUCGGAUUGGACGACGCAUUGGAGCCACGUAAAUCCUCCCAAGGAAUGGUAGGACAGCUGAAGGCUCGUAAAGCUGCUGGCGUGAUUCUUCGCAUGAUCCAACAAGGAAAGAUCGCAGGUCGCGCAAUUCUCAUAGCCGGUCCUCCUUCAACCGGUAAAACAGCCAUCGCUAUGGGAAUGGCACAAGCCCUUGGAAGCGAUGUUCCUUUCACAAUGCUUGCAGCAUCCGAAAUCUUCUCUUUAGAGAUGUCGAAAACUGAAGCUUUGACACAAGCUUUCCGUAGAUCAAUUGGUGUUCGCAUUAAGGAAGAGUCUGAGUUGAUCGAAGGUGAAGUUGUUGAAGUUCAAAUCGACUCUUCUGUAACUGGAUCCUCAAAGACCGGUAAAUUGACGCUGAAAACCACUGAAAUGGAGACCAUCUAUGAUCUCGGCCACAAGAUGAUAGAAGCUCUCAACCGUGAGAAGGUCAUGGCAGGAGAUGUCAUCACAAUUGACAAGGCGUCUGGCCGUAUCACAAAACUUGGACGAUCUUUCACUCGAGCCCGCGAUUAUGAUGCCAUGGGAUCUGAUACCAAAUUUGUUCAAUGCCCAGAAGGAGAAUUGCAAAAGCGAAAAGAAGUUGUCCACACAGUAUCUUUGCACGAAAUAGAUGUUAUAAAUAGUCGAACACAAGGUUUCCUUGCCUUGUUCUCUGGAGACACUGGUGAAAUUAAGGGAGAAGUUCGCGACCAGAUCAACACCAAGAUCGCCGAAUGGAGAGAAGAAGGAAAGGCAGAAAUUGUUCCAGGUGUCUUGUUCAUUGAUGAAGUACAUAUGCUGGAUAUCGAAUGCUUCUCUUUCCUCAACCGAGCAUUAGAAGACGACCUCGCCCCCGUUGUCAUCAUGGCAUCCAACCGUGGUAUCACUACUAUCCGAGGCACGAAAUACAAGUCGCCCCACGGUAUGCCCGUCGAUUUAUUAGACCGUACCCUAAUCAUUUCCACCAAUCCCUAUGAAGAACAAGAAGUUAAACAAAUUCUUAGCAUCCGAUGCGAGGAAGAAGAUGUUGAGAUGACUGAAGAUGCGAAGGAGGUUCUUACUCGUAUUGGCAUGGAAACGUCGCUUAGAUACUCUAUCCAUCUCAUCACCGCUGCUCACUUGGUAGCCAAGAAGAGAAAGGCUGCUGCUGUUGACAUUCAAGAUAUCAAGAGGGUGUAUGCCUUGUUUUUGGAUGAGAAAAGAUCUGUCCAAUUCCUCAAGGAACACCAGGAUGAAUACAUGUUCAAUGAGGUACAGGAGGCUGUUGACAGUUCCAACGCAAACGAUGCCAUGGAGCUUUAAAUCAACACGGUUAGAAAAUUAUAAUUCUUUUUCUACUUUUAUGUUUUCUUUCUUCUUUUUACAACAAAAAAACGUUUCUUGCUGUCAUAGCAAUCACUUGUACCAUGUUAUCAUUCUUACUUCCCAUAAAAUUGGUCUGCUGCCUUAUCUAACAUAUCAUCGCAAUAUCCAGGUGAUGGUAGCGGCUAUAAGGUAUAUCCAUGGCGAGGUGGUUAUGGUGAGAGCGGAAUUAGGAGUUUGCGUCGUCAUAGCGAUUGUGGAGGUUGGCUGUGCUGUAACGGCAACGGUCGUCGCCGGGCCAGUUGUGGUGGAUGUUACGGUAAUAAUAGCCCGAGCAUUCAAAGCGACGUUAGCGGCUAGCUCUCCCGCGCAGGCA